AUGGAGGUACUCAAGUUAGCCUUUCUCCUAGGAGAGAAGACCAUAUCCUUUGCUGGCUGCACACAAACAUAUUUCUACUUUUUCCUGGGUACAGUGGAGUUCAUCUUCUUGGCUGUCAUGUUCUUUGACCACUAUGUGGCCAUCUGUAACCCCCUCUGCUACAACAUCAUCAUGAACAGUAGAGUCUGCCUCAUAUUGGUUCUGGGCUGCUGGGUGGGAGCCUUCCUGUCUGUACUGGUACCAACUAUUGUAGUGACAAGGCUACCUUACUGUAACAAAGAAAUUAAUCAUUUUUUCUGUGACAUUGCCCCUCUUCUACAGGUGGCCUGUAUAGAUACUCACCUCACUGAGAAGAUAAACUUUCUCCUAUCUGCACUUGUCAUCCUGAGCUCCCUGGCAUUCACUACUGGGUCCUACAUCUAUAUCAUUUCUACCAUCCUACGCAUUCCCUCUACCCAAGACCGUCAAAAAGCUUUUUCUACCUGUGCUUCUCAUAUAACUGUUGUCUCCAUUGCUUAUGGGAGUAACACCUUUGUGUAUGUGAGACCCAAUCAGAACUAUUCGUUGGAUUUUGACAAGAUAGCUGCUGUCCUCAUUACAUUGGUGACCUCUCUUCUGAAUCCUUUUACUUACAGCUUGAGGAAUGAAAAGGUAAAGAAAGUGUUGAGAGAGACAAUGAACAGAAUCAUGUCCUUGAUACUCAGGAGAACUUGA